UUUCAAUUUAUACACGUAAACCUACUUUCUCUUUCAUUAUGGACGUGACAGUCGUUGGUAGUUGUAACAUGGACCUUUCAACAUAUGCUCAGAGGUUUCCAAAGCCGGGAGAAACUAUGACUGGGCAUAAAUAUGUAGUUGGAUUUGGAGGGAAGGGUGCAAAUCAGUGUGUAUCAGCAGCAAGGCUUGGCUGUAAAACGGCAAUGGUAGGAAAGGUUGGAAACGACGACAAUGGAAACAGAACGAUUGAUAAUUUUAAGAGUAACGGUGUAACAACUGAUUAUAUGGCAGUUACUGACCAAUCGAGUACCGGUAUAGCUGCCAUUACCAUUGCUGAUACAGGCGAAAAUUCGAUUGUUAUAGUACCAGGUGCCAAUUUAUUACUGACUGCUGUUGACGUGACGGAUGUAGAAGACCUGAUCAAAGGUUCAAAAGUUGUGGUGUGUCAGUUGGAAGUUGGACUGUCAGCUACAUUGGAAACAUUGAAACUUGCUCGAAAGCAUAACGUCAGAAGUAUUUUUAAUGCAGCACCAGCACAGUCCGGUCUAUCCAACGAUUUCUUUGUUUUGUCCGACAUUUUGUGUGCAAAUGAAAAUGAGGCAGAAAUGAUGACAGGAUUACCAGUUUCUGAUGUUGCUCAAGCUGAAACAGCAAUAGGUGUGUUGUUAGACAAAGGUUGUCGGUAUGCUAUUAUUACAUUAGGAGAGAAAGGUACGGUGUUUGCAUCACAAGAGAACAAGAAGCCUACUUAUAUACCAGCAACAAAGGUCAAUGCAGUUGAUACUACAGGAGCCGGAGAUUCAUUUGUAGGGUCCCUGGCAUUCUAUCUUGCAACCAGACCAGAUUUAUCAUUUGAAAAGGCCCUUCAAAGAAGCAGUAUUAUUGCCUCCAUAAGUGUUCAAUCACCUGGUACACAGUUUAGCUAUCCAUGGAGGAAGGAUCUUCAACCUGAGCUAUGUGAAUAAAACAAAUGCUAUACUUGGUUUAAACAA